AACGCGCGCCCUUUAAGCGGGAGUAAGGUGCGUGCGUGCGUGUAUAUGCGUGUUAAACAGACCAACAGUUGUGUAUGAUUAAGGUGCGUUGAAGAUCUAGCAUUCACAAACGAUCAUCAUCAUCAUCAUUAUCAUAUCAAACAUUCACCUUUAGAGGGAUAGAGAGACAUCUGUCAAGCGGUGACGGUAUACGUUUGUGGUCGAUUAAGGCUCUCGUGCUCUUCGCGUACCUCUUUUUGUCAUUCAUCCAAUCAAAUUAGGGGCAAUCCGUUCACAGCCAUUUAGAGUAAGAAUUGAUCGCCUUCAAGAGGGCAAUUCAUCAUGGCUAUCUCGGUCAACUCUUCACGGAAUCCUUCAUCAUCUUCAAAUCCGGCCGCUGCUGAUUCUUCUUCUACUUCAUCGUCUUCACGAAUACGUCUAAAUCCAUCGUCUCCUACGAUCUCAGGAGCGAAAGCCGAUUCAAGUCGAGCACUCAGUGGAAGACAGAGUAACGGAAGUACAGGCAAACGUAUAUUCUCACAAAGAUCGGAUCAUAGAGGUAACGAAAACGGUGCAAAUAGAACAGCAUCAAAAAGUACAGAUCAUCAAAGCAUCCAUAGAAGAACGUCAGAACUUUCAAAAACAAACAACGCCCCUUUAGCAUCCAUAACCAACAGAAGUGCUUCAUCCUCAUACGACGACGAAAUGCAAUCAUCACGAAAGAUGCCAAGUGCUUCAGGCGCUGCAAUUGCAGCUGCUUUACGCGCUUCAGGUGACACAAGCAAUGAUGCCGGUGAUGGAUCUUCAGAUCGCAUUCAUGCUCCUCGUUCAUCACAAGGUACAAAUAGAUCGAUCAGCAAUCGCAUCCCUUCUGCUUUACGGAGAUUGCCUCCUGGCGGAAGUCGCAUAGCCUCAAGAUCGAUUAUGCCUUCAGGGGCAUAUCCAGGCACGGAUCCUGCUAUGCCUUCUAGCAGCUCUUCCCAUCAAUCUGGAUCUUCGAUGCGUUCAGCUCCAACUGCUUUAGCACGCGCAAACGGACGGAGAAGUUUGGGUGCCACCCUCAAUGCCGCGGCUGCAGGCGGGGCUGCGCAACACGAUCGUGAUGGAAGGGAAUUGAAUAAGCUUACAGUAGACAGUACCAGUUUUGAAGAAUGGAUGAAAAUGGCAACAGAUAAUAAGAUUAACGCCACUAAUACUUGGAAUUUCGCCUUGAUCGAUUAUUUCCACGAUAUGUCAUUGCUGAAAAGUGAAAAUGGAGAUGGUUCAAUCAAUUUUCAGAAAGCAUCGUGUACUCUAGAUGGAUGCGUGAAGGUAUGGACUUCACGCGUAGACAGUGUUGUUGUCGAAACAGGAAAGCUAUUGAGUGGUCUACAAGAUGAAGGCAAGGAGUCUAACACAAGAGGUGGACGUGGUCGCAACGCUGAUGAAGAAGACGGCGAAGGCGAAGAAGACAUAGAUGGAAGUGGCCAAAAGAAAAAGAAAGCAAGGUCGAGAGAACCCACAUUGGUCAAAUCAUUCAAUCAAUUAGCAGUCAAGAAGCUUGACCUCGAAUUCACAGUUGAUCCACUGUUCAAGAAAACCAGCGCUGAUUUCGAUGAGGGUGGUGCUGGAGGCUUGUUGAUGAACCACCUCGGUGUUGACUCAAAAGCACGCGUUGUGUUCGACGCCAGUGAUGUUCCUGGUCAAGACGAUGUGGAAGAAAGUGAGACACCCGUUGUCGUCGAGGACGAGGACUUGCAGUCUGAAGUUGAUCAAGAGGACGAAGGCGAUAUGACAGAAACCGAGCUUACUUCGAGAAAUGACAAAAACGGAGACUUUAUCGAUCUAACCAAAAUUCGAACAAAGCUUUUCGGCCAAAAUGAUUUUGCAAUCGGACAGGAGGAUGCACUCGGCACACUCUUGACAGAGAUGACCGUUUGUCCCACCUUUGCUAGUUUCCGAUUCGCUCCAGAUGACAAUACACCAUUCUCUGAACUUAUGGCCGAGAAUGAGAACCGAACUUCCAUUGCUCCUAGCUUUGGAUUUGAUACAAUGACGCAAUCCAAUACAUGGGACAAUGAACCUUUGAACGAUGGAGCUGUGUUCGAUGAUGGAAUGGAUGAUGCAUUUGGCGAUGUCGGCGGAGGUGCAAUGACUGGAUUCAAUGCAGGAUCUGCUGAGCCAUUUGAUUAUCAAGAGGCUAGCUUUGAUGACGGCGAAGAAGGCGGCAACUUAUUUACUGGUGAAGGAUCUGCUCAACCACAGGGACCACCCGACUUUUCAUCUUUACAAGGUAUUCUGAACAAUUCAUCCGAUCAACCCUUCGAAGGUGAUGACUUUUUCGGAUAUUUCGAUCAAAAGAUGUCAAAGAAUUGGGCAGGACCAGAACACUGGAAGAUGCGCAAUGUGAUGGCACCAACGGCUGCAGGGGCCAAUGCUACCGCUGGAGGCGCACCAGAGAAAGCUGCCCGGAAACAGAAAGAGCCUUUCGUUAUUGAUUUUACAUCUUCAGAGGGUGCAGUAACAUCUAAAGAGUUGUUCGAAACAGGAAAAGGACAAGCAGGUACACUUUUGCCUGCAUCCAAAGAUUUUGACGAUCUUUAUCUAUUACCAGAAGAUCGUCAUUUCUCCAGUAAGCAACUUUUACGAUUGUUCAUCAAACCACGUGCUAUGUUGAAUCCUCGCAGACAAGGACAGAUGCUCGACGAGCGUGCAGGAGUGCGAACGAAUGAGGAAGCCGAUUAUUGGAUUCAAGCCGCAGCACAAAAUGGUGGACUUGAAGGGCAAGGUGGCGCAGCACUUGGAUUUGAUGAUGAUGAUGACGUCGGAAUGCCAGUGGUACCAUUUGAUACGCAAUUCUUCCAUGAAGAUGAUGAUGGAGGAUUUGAUCCGAUGGGCGAAGCAACAGAAAAUGCAAUGGCUCUUGAACCCGAAGAUGAAGAAUUGGCAACACAAGCAUUAAAGAGAAUUCGACCUGAAUUUGUCAAUUAUACAAAAGUAGCAAAACGGGUUGAUAUUCGGAAAUUGAAAGAAAACAUUUGGCGUGAAUUGGCCAUCUUUGCAGCAGAUGAAGAAGAAGAUCCAGAAACUAGUGGUGAACAAAGUGGAUCUGGAAUGGGUGACGAGAGAGGUCGUCAAUCCACACCCAAACCUGGCGAUUCUAUGGAUUUGGACAAAUCAUCCCUUGUCAAACGUGAUCCUACCGAUCCACGUACAUUUGAUGCAGUGCUAUCUGGCUUACGCAAGUUAUACCCCAAAGAUAGGAUGGAUGAAAUCAGUACUUCAUACUGUUUCAUUUGUCUGUUGCACUUGGCAAAUGAAGAAGGUCUGCAAAUUCAAGCUGGAUCGAGUGAUUUAUCAAUGUUGGCUGGAAAGAUGAUCGUCGAAGAUGAUGAAGAUGACGAUGAUGCAAUGGAUGUUCCCGAACUUUUACGCAAUGUGAAGAGAGCAUCUCAUAAUCCUUUCGAUGAUGUAUUGGUCGAUGAAGAAGAUCCUGAUCAAUAUCGUGUCGGAUAUCUAGGACAGUUGAGUAUUGCAAAGGAUCUUACAGCCGGUAGGAGUGCGUGAAUGUAACUUUUGUAAAUUUUGUACAAUAAAGGGGUAAUCAAGAUGCUUAUCAAUUUAUACUUUGCUCUUUGCAUCACACAAAUGUAUGUACAAUAUCAGAAAAAUCGGUCGAUGUCGUACAUAAUACAUGAAUUA